GGUGAGGUGCACCAUGGUGAACCCCCCCGACCUGGGGGAGGAAUUCAGACAGUGCGCCCUGACCCAGCCUCAAACUUUGGGCACGUGCCUCGGAGUGGGUGCCAUCAACAGGCUGCAAUACUUGGACAACAACCCCGAGUUUGAACUGGUGGACGGCGUCACUCUGAUGAGGAACAACGACCAGGAGUACCGGGAGGAGUUCAGCGCCCCCGCAGCCGACCCGUCUAGCUUCAGGAGCAUCGUGGACACGUUCAACUACGUGUUCUCCCGCCGCAACACGCAUUUCAACAUGGACUUCCUGUAUCCCGGACUGGGGAUGCAGCUGGUGCCAUCUGGCGCCCCCGGCGGCAUGCUCGAGUUCGUACUGGAUCCGCAUCGCGAGGCCGUCAACGCCCACUCGCUGAAGGAGGCGGGAACUGGCACCAUAUUGGCCAGGCAGUUCGUGUUGCCGUUCAUUUUGGGGUUGAAGUUUAAGAUUGCCACAAUUUUGCCCAUAAUUUUUGGCAUUAUAGCCUUGAUUGCUAAAAAGGCAAUCAUUUUAAGUAAAAUAGCUUUGGUUGUGAGCAGUGCUUUGGGCCUAGCCACCCUUAUUUUUGGAAGUGGUGCCGUCAAAUACCAAGGACAAUAUUACCAGGGACAUCAACAAUUCAAUCCUGGUUUUGGAGGACAUUAUAAGUACCCGGAAGAAGACUACCAAAAUGUAGCGUACAGAAGUCCGGAAAUGAACGAUCAGUUUAAAUAUUCAGACGAGUUUUACGACAGAGAUGACAAAAAGAAAGGAAGGAACUUUGCUUGGAGUGAUGAUGAAAAGACGAAAAAACUUACUACAUGAAUCAUUUAAGUUUAAAUAGUUAGUGAUGAUCUCUCAUAGUUUAUUUAUGUGUAUGUGUUGUUAAAAAUUAUAAUUAAAAAAUAAAUUUUAUUAUUUUUUACCUUA